AUGAGUAUGGCGCCGCGAGGCUCACAGCAGCCGUCGAGUCAGCCUAGGGCUCGCAAAGAAGACAAUGAGGAUGCUUUCAUGACGCUGCCCGACCGCGAGAUUGCAGGAUGUAUCAGCGACAUUGGCAUCCCCUUCACCAUCCAAGACCUUCAGAAGCCGAACCCUCAGCAGAUCCAAAAAGUGUUCGAAUGGCUGGCAGAGCUGUUGAUGAACACGACGCGCGAGGUCGUUGCGCCUGCCAUGAAGGCUGCGGCCGACGACUUGGCUGGCGACGACCCAGAUAGGAUCUUCACCGCCGACACUCGCGACCUCAUGGGUUUCUUCGUCACAUUGCGCCGCCUGCUGCUCGAAUGUGGCAUCAAAGAUUUCACCUUCCAGGAUCUGUACAAGCCGACACAUCCGCGCCUGGUCAAGAUCUUCUCCUAUGUCAUCAACUUCAUCCGCUUCCGCGAGUCGCAAACCUCGGUCAUCGAUGAGUACUUCAACAGCACCGAGCGAACAAAGGCUCAGAUUGAGGAGCUUUACAACAGCAACCAAGAAAAGGAGGAGAUGUUGCAGGAGAUGCAGCGCAACAGGAAGAAUGUCGAACAAGCCAUGCGUGACAAGGAGAAGAAGAACAGCGAACUCAAAGCCCGCCUGCUCGAGCUCAAAAAGGGCCAGGAGAAGGUGGCCGAGAAGCUAGACCGCGUCAAGUCUGAGCAGAGCAGACUCAAGCAGACCCUCGAGGACAAGCAGACUCAAGCCAUCAAUGUCAGGAAAGAGGCCGACAAACUGCGUCCAUACACACAGCAAAGUCCCGCAGCUCUCGAAACCGCCCUCCGCGACCUCAACGCCAACCUCACAGCCGACAAGUCCGAAAUUGACCGACUCGACCGCCGCACCCGUGCCCUUCAGACCAGCACCGAUACCUUCACACUUCUCCACGGCGACGUAACAGGACUCACACGCCUCCUAGAAGACCUCCAAACCGAGCUGAAGAAGGAAGAUGAAGAAGCCUCUCGCGCAACAAAACACCGCGACGCCCUUUCCGAGCGCACUAACAACGUACUCGAGAUCGAACGUCAAGAACGCAUCCUCACAAAACAACUCUCCAAAAUCCAAGAACGCACAAAUAACCUACGACACGGUGCAGAGACCAAAGCAGAAGAAGCCAAGAGACGCAUGGAGAGUCUGAAGCAAACGCAUUCGGAGCUUGGUCAAGAAAGACGAAAGCGUGGGGAAGAGGUUGAGAGAAGACGUAUUAGGAUUGAACAGACGGAGAAGAAGAUGGCGGAUUUGAAGGAGAAUAUCGAUAUGGAGGUGCAAAGUGCAAAGGAGGAAUACUUGAAGAUGGAGUCGCACAUCAAGCUCUACAUUACAGAGAUGGAGCAGAGCUUGGUUUGA